AAUAUAUCUCAUAAAGCAAUUUGCUAUUCCCAUUUUUAUGCCUUUACAAUCCAUUCGAUGUUUAAUCUUUAGUCUUUAGUUUUUACCCAAUUUAGUCGGAAACAAUCAAUUAGAUCCAGAUCCGAAACUAACAAAACCCACCCAAGCUCAAAACCCAACUAAUUUGGGUGCUGCAUCCUUCCACCUUCCUUCUUUCAGCAUCGUCAAUCACAAUUUACGAUCCAAAUUCCAGUCCUUCAAGCAUCAGAAUUCAACACUCCAGAUCUAUCAGUUGAUUUCGAUCCUCAACAAUGCCUGUAGCGAAAUUGAUAGAAGUAGAACCACCAAGCCCAAUUAGGUACUUGAUCGGAGCAACAGUGUUGAUGAUCGGCGUUGUAUUGCCUAUGGGUUACAUGAUGUUUCGCAACAAACGGGUUCCUUCUUCCUCUUCUUUCUCUAAACAAACGAACAAGGGCUUAAUAUAGAGCAAUUUUGAUCUUGGAGGAGAUAUAGAUUUCAUUCAGCGUAUUGAAGAACACAAGUAAAUGAGUAAUGUAAUGAACUGACUGAUCUGGAUAGUAGUCCUGUAAAUGUAUGGAGUUAUUGAUUCUUUUAGAUGAGUUUUUUGAACAAUGUUAUCGAAUUAAGCAUUAUCUGUUUCUUUAGCUUGAUUUGAAAAUUGUUCUAUGAAUCUUGAUGACUCCAAUUUACUUGUGCAUAAUUGUCUUCCUCUACACCCCAUUAAGGUCGAAUGUUGAAAUUUUUGCUGGAA